AUGGGUCCACAACUAGAAUUCUUCAUCCGGGCUCUGUCUCGCGUGGCUUCUUGGUCCUUAUCUUUUUACCCCCAGCCCAUCUCCAAUUUCCGACGUGGUUCAACAGCUGGUCUAUCGAUCGAUUUCCCUACCAUCAAUUGCUUGGGAUUUUUUUACUACACUAUAUACAAUGCCGCUUUUCUCUAUUCGCCUGUAAUUCGCAGCCAGUACGCUGCCAGACACCCUCUCUCUGCCGAACCUACAGUUCGCAUAAAUGAUCUAGCAUUUGCGGUGCAUGCCGUCAUCCUGAGCUUGAUUGUCUACUCUCAGUUUUGGCCCUGUGUGUGGGGCCUGCAGGUCUCACGAUUCCAGAGACUAAGCAAGCCUAUCACACUUGUGUUUGGUGGGUGCAUUUUGGCCCCCCUGUUAGUCAUUUGGAUGGUUAUGGCGUCGAGCCCCGACAAGGGGUAUGACCCUUCGUCAUGGGCCUGGAUCGAUGUGAUCUACACGUUAUCGUACGCCAAACUUGUCAUCACUGUGGUCAAAUACAUUCCGCAGGCGUGGUUGAAUUACCAGAGAAAAUCCACAGUGGGUUGGAGCAUCGCCCAGAUUCUGAUGGACCUGGUAGGAGGUGUGUUGUCACUGUUGCAGCUGAUUCUCGAUUCAAGUUUGCAGAAUGACUGGAGUGGAAUAACUGGAAACCCUGUUAAGUUGCUGCUGGGCAAUAUCACGAUCUUUUCAGACUUGAUCUUUGUGGUUCAGCACUAUAUUCUCUACCGGGGUACACCGGAGAUCGAACGCGGAGAAGGAUCAGAACAUUAUCAGACCACCCCAUUACUUAAUGAUGCGGAGGCGCCGAGAUGA